GGAUCGGAGGAUCCGAUCGAGAGACUGAAUAGAACUGACGGAGGUUGAGGUUGGCUGGCUUGGUGCCCGGGGCCGAAAGGGACUUCAGGUAUUUGAGGAAAUAGGAAGGCCCAUCAUCAUGGCUGCUGUCCUAAGGCCAGCUCAUCGCGUGGCGGUGUCUGCUGCUAGGGGUGUGAGGCAGCUGCAUCUCUCCAAACCCAACAACGAGACCUUCACCGUGACUGAUGCUGUCCUGCCCAAGCCACACUCCACCAAGCUUGCAGGCUAUAUGGGCAUCACCAUGACAACGUCACUGGGUAUAUUCACGGGAGCAGAGAUGAGCAAGAACAUUGCAAGCUUCCUGGAGGAAAAUGAACUGUUUGUCCCAUCAGAUGAUGAUGAUGAUGACUGAAUGCAAUAUAGUGUGCCAAAGGUAUGUGAAGAAAUUAUCUAGUCAACAUCUUGCUAAAGGUAAAUAUCUAAACAUAAAACUAAAGGCAAGUCUGUAUCAAAACUUACAAUGCUGUAUGUAUUCUUAGUGAUUGUGAAGACUGUGCCAAGUGAUGCUUGAUGUUAUUGUUGAUCAGUUGAUGUCAGUUGAACACUAAUUUUCAUCCCAGCAUAAUAUCUUCAUGAUUAAUUUGAUAAUCGUGUUUGAUGUGAGAUCCCUGAACAUUGAUUUGCAAUUCAUUAGUUUUCUGCUAUUUGUAGAUGUUACUGGUGGCUGGUUUGGUAAAAAAUGCUUCAAAGGGAAUGACUAAUUUUUAAGAAGUUAAUUUCAGUAUUUAAAAAGUCCAUUUCAUCAUUUUAAUUUUAAUUUAAGAAAACAAUUUACGGGAUUGAAUAUUUACCUCAUCAGUGAGAAUUCUCAAAUGUUAUAUUGUAUGAUUAAGAAUGCUACUUGUUACUUAUGAUAGUUGAUUUAUGAUAGUUGAUAGUAUGACAUAAACUUAUAAUCCUGUUCAAUAAAAAGCACAAAAUAUACAU